CUCCCAUCCUGCACUGCCGAUACACCGCUCACCUGCACAUAGGUUAUGUCCCUCAUGUGUAUUCUGCCCAAGACUGUAUAUACCCAGAAGCCAAGUAAAAAUAUUUGGAUGAAUAAAAUAACCUCAAAUAAUCUGCAGCAAUGGAGUUCGAGGGAAUAAAUGUGUUGGCAAGACGCAACUAUAUCAUAAUCAUAACCAAGCGUUAAACCCACAAGUCAUACAGCGUUAAUAUUUAUCGGAAGAUAUAAUACACAGCAACCUAGCAAAUUUUCAAGAUCUGAGCUAGCAUAAGUGAGGCUUGCAAGACGUGAGCAAUCGAGGAACUCCCUCCCCGGUGGGGCAGUGCUUACUACCUCAUAUCGAGAUGAAGAUGUACGGGCACUGUGAUGGUGCCUCCUUCCCACGGCUACUGCCACUCCUGCUGGCACUGGUCUCUGCAGCACUCACUGCCCAGGUCUUUGACCAGGAGGCGGAGGCUAAGGAGGAUGAAAGGAGAGAGACGGGGGUAGUGGAGCCUGCUGCCCUCAUGCAGGUGAUGGAGGGCACCCAACAUACCCUCACCUGGUACUCAAGUCUUCCCUCCGUUGCCAACGUCACCGCCACUGUGGAAGACGAGGUGGUGGCAGCAGUAGUGGAAGUAGGGGAGGUCCUUCCUGGCGCCCCGACUGAUAACUUCACAUACUACGGAAACAUCACGAUCUCCGCUCUCUUCAUUGGCUACAACAAGCUCCACCUUUCACUGUACGAUGACCGGCACCUGGUGGUGUGGGAGCGGGCAGUGGAUAUAUCUGUGGUGCUCUCCUACCAGCACUUGGCAGACCUCUUCACACUUUUGGUGGGCAUCCUGAUUAUCGUCUUCUACAUUAACAUGGGCGCCACUAUCAACCUGGAGGUGGUCAAGAAUAUCAUCACAAGACCAGUGGGACCCGUGGUGGGCCUCAUCUGUCAGUACCUCUUCAUGCCUCUGAUCGCUUUUGGUGUGGGUUGGCUUACCUUCCCAGAGAACCCUCUAGGUCAGCUGGGUUUCUUCCUGGCUGGGUGUUGCCCCGGCGGCGGGGCUUCCAACUUGUGGACCCACCUCCUAGGAGGCUCCCUCGACCUUUCCGUGAUGAUGACCUUCGUCUCUAGCGUCUUGGCUUUCGGUAGGGCAGGAGCCAGUGGUGUGAUCACCUAUAUGUUGACCCAGCAUGCUCAUGGUGCCCAGUCUCCCAUUUACAGAGUGGCCAAGGGCCUGAGGUGCCUUCUGACACCACUGGCACUCAUCGUCAUCAUCUUCACCUUCACCUUCGGUGUUUACGCUAACCGCUAUGUCUUCAGCCUCUUCGAUGUGAAGAGUCUAGCGGCUGGGUUGGCACUGCCGUCGUUGGGUUACCUCUGCGGAAUGGCACUAGCAUCCAUGCUGCGACUGCCUCGACGGGACACGAUAGCCAUCAGCAUAGAGACGGGCAUCCAGAAUCUGGGCGUGGCCAUCGUCAUCCUCAGAAUCACCCUGGAGAAACCAGCCGGAGACCUGACGUCAGCGUUACCAGCUGCUGUUGUGGUGAUGACUCCUCUACCCCUGCUGACAGCCCUCAUCAUCUACCGCAUCUACCUCUGCUGCCACUCCGACAAGCCUCAGCUGAACCUCACUUUCAGCCCACGAAGGCAGAAGAGGAGUAAACCAGACAGAGAGCAAGAAGAAGGAGGGAGAGCCAGUGUGCUGAACCACCAAGCAAAAAACACAUCAGGAGGGAGUGGAAAACCCCAGCGUAUUGAUCUGAAGGAGGAACUGUCUGAGCUUCCUGCCAGAGGAAAUAGUGGAGGAGGUUCUCCUGCAGGAGGAUCAUCAUGA